AUGGGGCUGCUAUAUGGGGAGGACCGGAAGGCUGAUGCUCUGCUGUGCCCAGACCCGCAGUUGACAUCUAUGCUGUUUGCUGCCCACGGGGACAUUCAUUGGCGAGAUGACUCUGGUCACACCCCGCUGACCUUUGCAGCCCACAUUGGCUAUGCAGCGGGGGUCAGGUGGCUUAUAGAACAGCGGGCUGAAGUAAAUGGCACUGCAGCUGAUGGACGGACCGCUCUCAAUUAUGCGACGCACUACCGUUUUGAGCCAGUGGUACAAACGGUUUAUGCGAAAUUCCUUAUCACCACCACAUGA